AAAGGAUUUUAUCUCCAAACCCUUUUGAGCUAUGGAGGCAGUGGAACCUGGAACGACCAUAACCAGCCGGCUCAAAAACCUCCUCCGGUCACCUUCGAUUAAACUGAGGAGACAGAAGCUGGGAGCAAAGAAGGAAGACAUAGGGAGCAAGGUGAUGUUAGAGAAGGUCCUUGGAAUCACCGUGUCAGCUGGAAGAGGACUAUCUUGUGACCCCAAAACUGGCCUUGUUGCGUACCCAGCUGGAUGUGUUGUUGUCCUGUUAAAUCCCAGGAAAAACAAACAGUACCACAUCUUGAACAGCUCCAGGAAGACUAUCACGGCUCUGGCCUUUUCUCCAGAUGGCAAGUUUCUGGUAACAGGAGAAUGUGGGCACAUGCCUGCGGUGCGAGUCUGGGAUGUGGCUGAGCGAACCCAGGUGGCUGAGCUUCAGGAACACAAAUAUGGAGUCGCCUGCGUGGCCUUCAGUCCCAGCUCCAAGUACAUCGUGUCAGUGGGUUACCAACAUGACAUGAUCGUCAAUGUGUGGUCUUGGAAGAAAAAUGUGGUGGUUGCAGCAAACAAAGUCUCGAGCAAAGUGACAGCCGUCUCCUUCUCCGAGGACAGCAGCUACUUUGUCACAGCUGGAAACCGUCAUGUCAAGUUUUGGUAUCUAGACGAAGCAAAGUCAUCCAAGGUUAAUUCAACGAUUCCUCUACUUGGCCGCUCUGGGCUCCUGGGAGAGCUCAGGAACAAUUUCUUCACUGAUGUGGCGUGUGGCAAGGCAAAGAAAGCAAGCAGUACGUUCUGUAUCACGUCCUCUGGGCUCCUGUGUGAAUUUAAUGACAGGAGACUGUUGGACAAAUGGGUGGAACUCCGGACCACUGUGGCAAACUGCAUUCUAGUGAACCAGGACUACAUUUUCUGUGGCUGUGCGGAUGGCACUGUACGCAUUUUCAACCCAAACAACCUGCACUUUCUCAGCACUAUGCCAAAACCUCAUCGUCUCGGGAUGGACAUUGCCACGGUCACUGAAGCAAGCCGUCUGUUCUCCAGCUCAGCCGACGCCAAAUACCCAGAUACUGUGGCCAUGACCUUCGACCAUAACAGUCAGUGGUUAUCCUGCGUGUACAAUGAUCAUAGUCUCUAUGUUUGGGACGUCAAAGACCUGAAGAAAGUGGGGAAGGUUUACUCGGCGCUAUACCAUUCUUCAUGUGUGUGGAGUAUUGAGGUUUAUCCAGAAGUGAAGGACAGUAACCAGGCAUGCCUUCCUCCCAACUCUUUCAUUACGUGCUCCUCUGAUAGUACAAUUCGACUCUGGAACUUGGAGACCUCUAACAUUCAUGGCACGGCCCUGCAUCGAAACAUCCUGAGCAGUGACCUGAUGAAGAUAAUCCUGAUUGAUAGUAACACUCAAGCGUUGUUGGAUGCGGACUACAACUCAGCUGGACUGGGUGACAAAGGGGAUCCUCAGAUCCUGGACACAAAGGUUGGCAUUCGCUCCGUGUGCGUUAGCCCGAGUGGGCAGCAUCUGGCAUCCGGAGACAGAACGGGCACGCUCAGAGUGCAUGAGCUGAAGACCUUGGCAGAGGUGCUGAAAGUGGAUGCUCACGACUCAGAGGUCCUUUGUCUGGAGUACUCCAAGCCUGGCACCGGGCUGAAUCUCUUGGCCUCUGCCAGCCGUGAUAGACUCAUUCAUGUAUUUGAUGCAUCAAAGGAGUAUAGCCUUCGGCAGACGUUGGAUGACCACUCAUCUUCCAUCACUGCUGUGAAGUUUGCUGCAAAUGAUGGAAAGGUGCGCAUGAUCAGCUGUGGGGCAGAUAAAAGCAUCUACUUUCGCACUGCAGACCAAGCAGGUGAAGGCAAUGUCCAUUUCACGCGGACGCACCACAUUGUGCGUAAAACCACCCUGUACGAUAUGGAUGUGGAUCCGAGCAUGAAGUAUGCAGCUAUUGGUUGCCAAGAUCGCAAUAUCCGAAUAUUUAACAUCAGCAGUGGAAAGCAGAAAAAGCUCUACAAAGGAUCACAGAGUGAGGAUGGAACCCUCAUUAAAGUUCAGUCUGAUCCAUCGGGACUUUUUAUCGCCACAAGCUCUUCAGACAAGAAUCUUUCUAUCUUUGACUUUUACUCUGGAGAGUGUGUUGCCACCAUGUAUGGACAUUCAGAAAUUGUAACAGGAAUGAAGUUUACGAAUGACUGCAAAUACCUUAUUUCUGUAUCCGGAGAUAGUUGCGUGUUCAUCUGGCGUCUGAGCUCGGAGAUGACGAUCCGCAUGCGCCAAAGACUGGCUGAAAUGAGACAACGGGGGAAUGAGGCUGAAAAGUGCACACCUCACAAGACCACAAAUGCAAGGAGAGAAACGAUAGCUGUGAUGUCUUCAGCACCUGCGCUGUCAUCAGACAGUGACAAAGAAGGAGUCGAUGACCUGAGUGAUGAGGAAAUGACAGGUUCCGGUAAAGCCUCUGAUGAAUCCAAGUCUUUUGUGAGAAGUCUGUCCUACUGGGAGAUGAAGAGGGAAGGGGAAAUCUCCAGUUCUCAGCGCUCAGACUCCCUUGGAAAAGUCCCUCGACAGCGGAACCGCUGGUCCCAGCCUGUUGGCAAUAUAGACAUGACCGUGAAGUCCAUGCUUGAUCUGCGCCAGCUGGAUAGCUUCUCCUCCUCUGAUGACCUGCUUGGACUGCACCCUGAAGAGGAACAGCCACCAAAGUUUCUUGAGCGGAACAUGCAGAAUAGUAAUAGACCGCAGCCCAUGGGCACCGCAUCGCGUCCCAGGGUUAUCAGACUGAUGUCCUGUGAAGAGGGUGUUUUCAAGCAGGGACCGGAAACACCAGAGGGGAAGCCGUGCAUCUUCUACCCGCAGACUGAACAGACUCUGGAUUCGUGCAGUGAAUUUGAGGUGAAAGGCUGUUACAACAGUGACAGUGUAUGCCAAGAAAAGCACAGCCCUGACAGCGCAUGUUCUUUGGAUUACAGCAGCCGUCUUUCCAGCCCGGAGCAUCCAAACGAAGAUUCGGAAAGUACGGAGCCCCUGAGCGUAGAUGGAAACUCCUCGGAUAUGGAAGAGCAGGCUGAGGUGUUUGAUCCACAUGGCCUGGUGUUGGAGGGGGAUGUUCCACUUACACCGGAUCAGGAGACGUUUCUCAAGCAGCACUUUGGGACUCUUUCUACUGCCAGUGGCUUAGAUGAACCGGUUCCGACCACGGAACACAAUGACUCUGCCAGUAUCUCGUCCCGCUUCCUAGCCAUGGCUCAGGCGCUGCCUGCCAGUCACAGAAACAGCAGUCCAUCCUGGAACAUUGCAAUGUCUGAUCAUGUAAUGUGUCCAGAGACCGUUAAUCAGUCCUCGGUGAUGGAUGCAACUCCAGCCAGCAGAGCCGAAACUCAACUAUGUCCUCCAGAUGUAAAGAAUGAGGAAGAGAGCAGCAAUCAAAUUCCUGCCCAAUGCCAGAAAAAAAAGAAACAACCCAACGAAAAUGGCAAGCUAGUCAGAUCUGGACCUUUCUUUUCCCAAACGCUGUCAUACAUACGAAAAACCCAAUCAGUCCAUGACCUUGUCUAUGAAGGUGAUAAGACCUCAACCAACUUGUUUCCUGUCAAGCUACGCCCACAAACUCAGACAGCAUCUGAAAAGGAGCAGAAGGCCAAUCACCGUCGUACCUUGCCAGCCGUCCCAAGCAAAAUGGAAUAUGGUCAGUCUGGCUUAUUCAAUGCAAAGGAAAAUAAAACUCCUAAAGGCAGGUCCUAUAUGAACCCAACAACCAGCUUCAUUGCCAAAAUAUCACGGAGUGUGUCUGUGGGUGAAAAUUUAAAUCUAGGAGAUACACAGGAACCUUCCAUACCUACUGAUGGAAAGAGCAGCUUCAUCGAACAAGAAGUGGGACCUAUUGCCAGCUUUGUGGAGAGUGAAAAGAACUGUCAAACCACAAAGGAAAACUUUGUUGCAAAACCUCAUCUGCAGUCUGCUGCACACUGUUCUCCAAAAACAUUUCAGACCAAGAAUCGGGCACAUCUGACUUUAGACAUAGCAAAACCAUUACCCGAUCGCCCUUUAUUUUCCUUUGGUAAAAACAGAGGCUCCUCUGAAGUGGAAUCCCUAAAAUCACCAGCAGGUAGUUGGAAAUCCAAACCCUCCUCCCCAGACUUGGCUUUCAAGAUUACUAGUCCUGACUCCAUUGAAGUAGAAAAGAGUAGUCCAGUAGAGAGCUCCAAGAAGGGCAAUGAAGGAGAGACUAUUGCAAUCAACUCAAAACUCAAUGAAGCUGAAGAAAAAGGGAGCUUUGUUUCAGAAAACCUUACACCAUGUCAUAGAGGUAGAGCAGCAACUAUUGGCCACACUCCAGAUUACCAUCCAGGACUUUGCCCUGUAGAGCCCCUCAGACCAAGGUCUCCCUCUCUCGGUGCAGCACCAGCAUUGGACUCAGCAGCGCCGGUCAGCAUUGAACAAUGUGAGAUGAUCACAUCGGAGUUGCAGGACAGUCUCCGCAAGGCAAUGAGUUUAUACAGAAAGGUGACCACAGCUUUCCAAGGAGCAAAUUCAGACCAUUGCAAAAUUGCUGACCUUCUGACUGAAACAUUUGGGAUGGUGAAGAGGGAACUGGACUCCCUGAAAGAUGGAGAGGGUGAGCCAGGCAAUGGAGACGAGCCUCUGCCACUGGUGCAGGAAGAGUUCAAAGAAGUGGUAGAACAUCCAGUAGACGGUGGUUCACCUGAGAUAUGUACAACUCCAUGCCUUGGUGAUGACAAGACUCUAGCUCUCCUACAGCAAUACUCUGAACUCCUGCUACAAGCGGUGGAGAAAAGGAUGGACAAGAAACUGUAAUAAAUUGCGCCGUCUAUCUUUUGAUGCAAA